AUGGAAAGUCUAACUUCUGCAAUGCCAGCAACUGGUUCAUCUGCGCCAUUCGUCAAUACAAGUACUAUACUCACUACACUUACUUCAACGAUGUUAACAUCAACUCUAUCAUCGAAUAUAACCAACAUUACUAAUAAUUGUCUACUGAAAAAUUCGCCUUCGACAUGUCGACUAGGUGAAUUCAUUCGUGUCUUAGCGUAUCUAUUUUUGGGCGUUUCACUCCUGCCGCAAAUUCUUUAUUUAUUUAAUAAUGGCUCGAAGUACAUUGCUGGAAUCAGUUAUAUGUGGUUAAUUAUUCGUGUGCUUGCCUUAGCUUCAUUAGUACUUGCUCAUGCAUUUCAAUGGUCGUCUAUACUUGAGUUAAUUGCAUUGGUCUCAACCAUAAUUAUCUUUAUACAGAUUUUCAUCUAUGCUGAUAAUUUUCAUCGACAACAGAAGAUUAUUUUAAUAUCUGCAAGUUUAUUAACAUGGGUCAUCGGAGGUUUUCUCUUGUUAUUACUCAGAAAACGACCUGAUUAUUUAGUUACGUUUGGAUAUAUCCUACUUUCAAUUCAUACAUUACCUCAAAUUCUACUUAAUUCCUUAUUGAGAACAGCAAAAUCUUUAUCAAAAUUUUCGAUUUUAUUUCUUUCUAUGAGUGAUACACUUUUCUUUGCUAGUAUUUACGUAUCCAAUGAAAACUAUUUUCAUUUAGUUUUAUAUUACUACGCUUUUUCAUUCUUUUUUUAUAUCUAUUUACAAAGUAUCAUUCAUGCUGAUGCGAAUAUUUUUAUAAUAUCACGUUCCGCCCAUACGGUUUUGACGCCCGGAGUGAAUUUGUAUACGGGACUUGAUGCAACUGGUGCGCGUAGCGCUGGCCAAGAACCACAAAUGUUCUCAAUUGAUGAUUUAGAAACAGGUGAUGGAACAGAUGUUGUCUAUCAGCCAGUUACAUCAAAUAAACCGGCAGUACCGACGGUUGAACAAACGCGAAUGAACCAAAUUGUCUGGUAUGCAACAUUAGCAUCGAUCGUUGCUAUUGAAAUCAUUCUUACAAUCAUGUUGAUUGUUCGAGCAUGGUCAGAAUGGAUUAUUCUCGUGCCUGUAUCAAUUCCUGUCGUGUUGGGCAUAUUUUUCUUACUGCGAACUCGAUUAAGUGACUCUCAAAAGGAAAACCUACGAAAAAUUUUGUAA